AUGCCAGGUCAAGAGGAAGACCUACCGGUUCUACUGCGAGAAGAAAUGACACUUCGUCAAACAGAAGAAAUCCCUCCGCUUUUGAACAUGCUGAAAGAAGAACAAGGCUUUGUGGAACUUGUAGACAGCCGGGACAUGGCACAAGACAAUGUUUCCAAAGAGUCAUGUCCCAAGCUACUCGCUCAUCUCAUCAAUCUCAGCAACAGCAACAAACACAAUGAUCAUCUUGAUCGCCUAUUCUUAUUUUUUUCUUUCAACUUUAUUUUUUAUCCUUUAUUUUUUCUAUCACAUAAAAAAAUCUCAAAGUCUCAAUCGUAA